UUCAUUCGCUUCACGAAGUGUUUGAAAGCUCCCAUCACUGGCCAGUGCUACACACAAGCUAUAGGCUGUCUACAGGAAGCAAAAAAAUACCACCGUUGUCAUUUGUCUGUCAGUUCUUCACAAACAAAAAGCACCAGUUUACUCGCCGAGAUUCAUCGUGUCGUCUCGUUGAGAAAGCGUCACUGAUUAUAAUGUCUUCUUUUGUCUUAUGUUCUGUGUAGACAAGGUGUUACUUUCACUUUCAGUUGAGAUCAUUAAUAUUGAAGAAGAAGGAGGACAUUUCGUUUGAGUCUUCUUUAUGAUGAAAGCGGUGAAAAUGAAGUUUACCUUUAUAUUGCUGUCCAUCGGAUUGUUUUUAACGCACAAUGGUGUGUCUGGUGUUGAGGCAGAUGUGUCAGUGAUGGAGGGAGAUUCAGUCACUUUACUCACUGGUAUUAAGAAAAAGCAAGAAGACAGAAUCAGAUGGUAUUGUAAUGACACUCGCAUCGCUCAAAUCAAUGGAGAUCCUAGUAAGACCUGUACAGAUGUUCAGUGUAAUGAAGGGACUGAGAGAUUCAGAGACAGACUGAAGCUGGAUCAUCAGACUGGAUCUCUGACCAUCAGGAACAUCACAAACACAGACUCUGGACUUUAUCAACUGAAGAUCUUCAGCAGCAACAGCAUCAGUGAAAAGACCUUCCGUCUUUCUGUCCGUGGUGUUUCUGCUGCUGAACGAGAUAAAAUGAAGAGAAAGUCUGUGAAGGAAGGAGAAUCUGUUACUCUAGAUCCUGGAGUAAUAAAACAACGAAAUCAUGUGAUGACGUGGUAUUUUAAUGACACUCUCAUCGCUGAAAUCACUGGAGAUCCCAACAAGACCUGCACAGACUUUCAUUGUCCUGAGAGGUUCAGAGACAGACUGAAGCUGAAUCAUCAGACUGGAUCUCUGACCAUCAGGAACAUCAGAAUCACAGACUCUGGACUUUAUGAACUAACGAUCAGCAGCAAUAAUCGUCGUCGUCGCCGCCGCAGCAUCAGCAGUGUAAAGAGCUUCGACGUUACUGUCAUUAAUUCAGGUCUGUCUCUGGGUGUUGUAGCAGGUCUGUCUGUUAUUGUUCUUCUGCUGGUGACUGCAGCUGUAGCUCUUGGUGUGAUUUUCUAUCCCCGCAGGAGCUCUAGAGAUGGUCACGAGACUGUGCCGCAGGAACAGCAUUAGUGGGUAACAUGAUUUGUACUGAAGGAUUAUUCCCAUUGAUAGAUCUUUCCCUAAAAUACUGUAUCUAAUGAUCAUCAAGGGGCCACUGACUCAGAACGGGUUUUUCCAUUCCACCUCGGUACUUUCCGAUUGUUUUUCUGUGUAAUCACAUGCUAGAUAAACGUGUUAGACUGCAACACUUGUGUCUUUUACAUCACAUUACUCACAGCAUGACAUAAACAUGAAGUGUUUUUCCUGUUAUUCUUCUUCUUUGGGAUAUCAUUGUUUUACUUUAUUGUCUCCAGUUGUUGACUAUUAUCUUCACUUGUUGAUUAUGGCCUCUACAGGUAUUCCAUUGAACAUAUAAUGCUUUGCUAAUAUUUUGCCACGGCUUCAUCAAUAAGAUGCAACCAAGACAAAUAUUGAAAAAAACUUACCAUUAUAACUGGAGGAUUUUAACUACUUCUUAGUAAGAGUUUGAUUUGAACUGCUUAAUUCACCAACUAUAAAUCCCCCAUAUUUCUGCAACAAGGAAUAUUUUGUUUGUUACAUACAAUUUAAUACUGCUUUAGAUGAUCUGACAUGAUCUGAACUAUCACUGUGGAUAAUAUGAGCUGUGUGAUGGGCAAGGCAUUCUGACUUCUUGUUAAUAACCAAGUCGUGCAACACUUUAUUUUAAGGUGUCCUUGUUACGCAUGUUAAAUGCACUUACUAUUAUAAUAACAAUAAAUUAUGCAUAAUUACAUGCAAGCUACACUAAGCCAAACUCUAAUUCUAACCCUAACCAUAUAGGAAGUAUGUAGUAAAUAUUACUCAGUACUUAAAUUUGUAAUUACAAGUACAACAAGGACACCUUAAAAAA